AAAAUCCAGGCAGAAGCGACGACCUCUCCCCUGCGAAUGUCAUAAAUAUAUAAAGGUCUGGGGGCGGGUCUCAGGCAGUGCGCCACCGUCCUUCGGACCGCAGAGUCAAGCAGGAGGUUAGAGCGUCCGCAAUGCAUAUAGCUGUCACGAUUCUAGCCCUGGCGGCCGGGUGCGCCGCCCUCUCGUCCUACAAGGGUGCCCCCAGGCUGCCUCAGCUCGCGCGGGGACACAGCUUCUCCUUCCAGUCCAGCUCGGCGGCCUCGAGUUCCGCCUCGUCCUCGAGCCACGACUCCUCCUCGAGCAGUUUCUCCUCCUCUGCUGCGGGAGUUAACUUCAACAACGAGGCGUCCAGCUCCGCCUCGUCCGCAGCCAGUAGUUCUUCCUCCUCCGCCUUUGCUGGGUCCUUCUCCCGCGGCGCCCCUCGCGGCUUCCCGGGAAUGCUCGGCCUCAAACCUCCCUUCGCUAGUGCCUUUGCUUCUGCCAGUGCCUUUGGAGCUUUCCCCACCUCCGGCACCCUUGGAUCUGCUCCAGGCACUCAAGGUUCCUCUGUUGGGCUGCAAGUUGGCACUCAGGGGACCAUCGGUGGUGCCAACUUAGGAUCCGUAGGAGGACUUCUGCUGAGCUACGGCCUCCCGCGUCAGACUGGUGCUCAAAGGCCCUUCUCUGUUGAAGGAUCCACUGUUGGAACUGCAGCUUCCUCGGCUAUCAGUUCGACCGGUCAAGGAUCCUCGACUGGAUUCCACGCUGGUUCUCAGGGAUUCAUAACUGGCACUCAAGGACCAUCAGCUGGAUUCCCGUCUGGCACUCAAGGACCAUCAGCUGGAUUCCCGUCUGGCACUCAAGGACCAUCAGCUGGAUUCCCACUUGGCACUCAAGGACCGUCGACUGGAUUCCCGUCUGGCACUCAAGGACCAUCAAUAGGCUUCCCGUCUGGCACUCAACGACUAUCAGCUGGAUUCCCGUCGGCACUCAAAGACCACCAAACGGAUUCUCAUUUGGCACUCAAGGACCAUCGACUGGAUUCCCGUCUUUCACUCAAGGACCAUCAAACAGAUUCCCACUUGGCACUCAAGGACCGCCGGCUGGCUUUCCGUCUGGCACCCAAGGACUGUCAAACGGAUUCCAGGCUGGCACUCAAGGAUCUUCAAGCAGCAUUUACUCUGGAAGUCAAGGUUUCUCGAGUGGAUUCCAGUCAGGCACUCAAGUUUCCUCAGCUGGCUUCCACUCUGGCUCCCAGGGAUCCUCAGCUGGCACUCAAGGAUCCUCAGCUGGUUUCCACUCUGGCUCUCAGGCAUCCUCAAGUGGCACUCAAGGAUCCUCAAGUGGUUUCCACUCUGGCUCUCAGGCUUCCUCAUCUGGCUUCCAGUCGAGCACUAACACUCAGGGGUCUUCAACUGGCUUCCAUUCAGGCUCCCAAGGCUCCUCAACUGGCAUCCAAACUGGCACUCAAGGAUCCUCAACUGGUGUUCAAUCUGGCGCUCAGGGAUCCUCCACUGGCAUCCAACCUGGCGUUCAGGGAUCAUCAGCUGGUGUUCAAUCUGACACGCAAGGAUUCUCGCGUGGCACUCACUCUAGCACUCAAGGAACAUCAUCUGGCUUUCAGUCCAGUUCCUCAACUGGCACGCAGGGAUCCUCAACCGGAUUCCAGUCAGGCACUCAAGGAUCCUCAACUGGCACUCAAGGAUCCUCAACUGGCACUCAAGGAUCCUCAAGCGGCACUCACUCUGGCACUCAGGGAUCCUCAAGCGGCUUCCUCUCUGGCACUCUGACAUCUUCCUCUGCCUUCCAGUCCGGCACCCAAGAAUCCUCAUCGAGCUUCCAGUCUGGCUUCCAGGAAUCCUCCUCUGGCUUCCAGCUUGGCACGAAGGGAUCCUCAGGAGGCGCUGAGGAACUAUCCCAGGGCUAUGGUCUU